CCCGGCUUUGGUUCCACAUCCUCUCCCCAGUUUCAAGAUGGCAGCCAUGAGCCUAUGAAGAAGCGACAAAUAUUUAUGGAAUAAAUAAUGAGAACGGAUGCUAGGUAGCAGCUGUUAGACACAUACGCUUGGGAUAUGACUGGUGUCAUUAUUGCAAGUGUGUUGUUUCGAGAGUGAAAUUUACAAGGAAAAAUACGUUGCAUAUCGGUAUGCUAAGUUAGCGCUAGCUAGCCAAACACAUGAAUUCUGGGGACGGCCACAUCUGAUUCGCCAGCUGUCAGCUAAGCAAGUAUAUUGAGCUGUACGCUCAGCUUCACCAUGGCCAUCUCUCAGUUUCGCCUUUUUAAGAUUUGCACAUGGCUUGCAACCUUCCUUUCAUUCUUCAAAAGGUUGAUAUGCAGAUCUGGGAGGUUGCGUAAGCUAAGCGGGGAUCAGAUAUCUCUUCCAACGACGGUUGAUUUUUCAUCAGUACCCAAACCGGCAGAGAUUGAAGAAUGGAGCUCGUGGGAUGAAGAUGGUCCCACAAGUAUCAAGAUCGAGGGCGGUAAUGGCAACGUGCCACCACAGCCUGGCGAGGAAGAGGAACCAGACUACUUCAAAGACAUGGCUCCCACCAUCAGGAAAACACAGAAAAUUGUACUGAAGAAGAGGGAGCCACUCAACUACUUGGUACCCGACGGCAGUGCGGGCUUCUCCAGCAGACUGGCAGCCACUCAGGACACCUCCUUCAUCCAGCCAUCUUCUGAGCUUGGAGACAUGGAUACCUGGCAYGAGGAYRCCAACGCCUGGGAGGAUGAGUCGUCAGAUGCUGCCUGGGAGGCCGAUUUGGUGCUCAGACAACAGAAGAUGGCCGAGAGAGAAAAGCGUUCCAUGGAGCAGCAGAGGAAGAAGAUGGAGAAGGAUGUUCAGAGGAUGAUGAAGAAGGACCAGAAGAUUGCUGUCAAGCUCUCGUAACAUUUUCUUUUAGAGCACUCAUCCCGUGAGCCGGAGGGCAAUAAAAGAAACACUUAGACAAAAGUCAUCACGCUAUCCUCUAGUCAUCUCCACAUGAAGAUCAUCUAUACUCAACACAGCGGUCAUUUAAAAAAAAUCUCUGUCCACCAGCCAUCAUUCGAGACAUGGCUUGGCCAGUGUGGUGUUUGUUCAAUGACUGUUGCAUUUAGCUUUCGGAAGGCACCUCAUACCUGGGAUGUGUUCAUUAGGGCACGCAACGGAAAUUAGCUUUUUUUUUUAUCUGACAAGUCCAAGAAGUGACCCCCUGUAUCAGUCCAUUUUUUUWWUUUUUUUUGCGUAGAAUGAACUCUACCCUGAUUUACAGUAGAAGUCGGAAGUUUACAUACACCUUAGCCAAAUACAUUUAAACUCAGUUUUUCCCAAUUCCUGACAUUUAA